CGAUGAGCUGCAGAGGGGGCGUUGUCGGAAUGGUUCCGUGGCGCUUGGAGUCCUGCAGUUGACGCAGAGGGUCUGACGGGGACGGGUAACGAGGAGGCGGCCGAUUGGGAGCGGCCUCCGAGGGUAAGGCGACCCGGAACUCUGGCCUCCCGCGAGCUGCGGGUCUGCGCGGCUGGGAUGCGCGCCGGCCUGCUGACAACGCGCGUGGCGGGCCCGGCCGAGCACAAAGCUAGACUUCGGGCGUGGGAGCCGGGCUUCCUUCCAGCCCUUGCUGCGGUCUGUGCGUCUUUUGAUGUCCGCGUCGCCCCAAGAGAGGAGAGGCGCUUAUGAGCCGUCCUCGUUGCCGCGCCCUGCCUCAUUCUCCACGAGACCAUCUGUGCCUUGGUGUCCCAUCUGUAGAAUGUUGUCACUUCAGCGCCUACUUCUGGGGACCUUAAAGGAUUAGUCAACGAGUCGGUGCAGGUCAGGUGCUGAGCGGGUAGGGUAUCUGCAGUUUUAGUCAGGGUUCACUAAACGUUCUCAGCCUGUAAGACGGCAUCUGGUAUACGAUAGUGGUCACCGUUUGCUGCUGAAAUGAGUGAGUCAAACAGGCUGUGAGCUGUAUUGUAAGAAACAACCCCGGGGUGAACAUUUGUCGGUGACAGGGAGGUUGCUCGGUUUGUUUAUUGUGGCUUCCAUCGCAGGGUACAACAUCCGAGGUGAUUCAGAUGAGAGAGGUUUACUUUCUCACAGUUAUGGAGGACGGAGGGUCAUGAACGUGGUGUCAACAAAUCUACUUGCUGUAGAGAACCGUCCCGGCUUACAGGUGGUCGGUCACUUUCCUGCUGUAGCCUCACAUGAUCUGUCCUCUGUGCCACUGCACCGCCAGCGUUUCUGCUUGUAUCUACAUCUCCUUAUGUUAGGAUGUCAGUCAGAUUGAAACAGGGCUCAUCCUAAUAGGCUCUUUUAAGUCACUUGCCUUAUUAAAGUCUGCUUUCACAGGUAAUCAACGUGUGUGGUUCUGGAGAAUGCAAUGGAAUACUCCAUUUUGGUAACCUGCGCUUGCAAUCCCAGUGUUGGGGGUGGGGAGUGGAAAUAGGUGGAUCUCUGGGAUCAGUGAGCCUCUCAUCUCAAUAAGGGACCCUGUCUCAAAGAACAAGGUGGACAGCUCCUAGGGAACAAUGCCUAAGGUUGGCUUCUGGCCUCCAGACAUGUGCACACAUGUAUACAUAAAACACGCACACACACAGAAGGGCUUUCGUUGUCGGAGCCCCUUCUGGGUUCAGAUUCCACUAAGGCUCCUUUUCCCUUGAGGCACCCCCUCUUCAUUCACAUCACCCAAGCUUCUUCUGUUUCUCUUUGCCUUGGUAUUUCCAUUGUUUGCUGUCUUUCACGUUGAUCUUUCUACUGUCGUAUUCUUGAUUUAGGUUUUAGCUUGCUGAGCUAGAAGGAACCCUACUGAACGCCUAUGAAGCCCCAGACACAGGUGUCAGAGCUACAAUGAUGAAUGAAGCAGAUGUGGGCCAUGCCUUUACCUCAUAAAGACUGUUGCUUCUGCCCACUAGGUUGCUCCCCAGCAGUUCAUUCUGCUGUGAACUUGCCAGUGGAUCAACUCAUUAAAUGAGUGAGUCAAACAGGCUGUGAGCAGUAUUGUAAGAAACAACCCCAGGGUGAGCAUUUGUCGGUGACAGGGAGGUUGCUUUGUUUGUUUAUUGUAGCUUCCAUCGCAGGGUACAACAUCCGAGGUGAUUCAGAUGAGAGAGGUUUACUUUCUCGCAAUUAUGGAGGAAAUUCACACCCUCAUGGUCCAGCUAUCUCACAUAUGAGCUCUGCUGCACUGAGGACUAAACCUUAACUCUAUCAUCUUUGGGAAAUAUUUCAUAUCCAAACUCCAUCAGGGUUCGGGGCACUGUUAAAAGAAUCUCUGAGUCUGACUUUGUGGGUGUGACUUUGUCUGCAGUGUUUUUGCCCUAAAUAUGAAAUAAAGAAAACCCAUGACCUCUUUGAUGCUUAGUGUGGGAAGGUCUCUGCAGGCAGGGACAAACAAUCAGGGUGUGUAGAUAGAGUUUGCUUUGGGCUGCCAGUUCACAAAAAAAACAUGGAGGCUUGUUAUUAAUUAUGAAAGCUUGGCCUUAGCUUAGGCUUGUUUCUGCCUAGCUCUUAUAACGUAAAUUAACCCAUUUCUAUUAAUAUAUGUGCUGUCACUUGGCUCGUGGCUUUUAAUGCUCCUCCUGCAUGUUCUGCUUCCUCUGUGACCAACUACAGGACCCCCCCCCCCCCCGUUUCUUCCCAGAGCUCUCUGGAUGUCCUUCCUAAACUCUUCGUGCUUAGCUGUUGACUAUUCAACUGUAUUAAGCCAAUCAGAAUGUGCUGUGACAAAGACGCAUCUUCACAGUGUACAAAAAGAUUAUUCUACAGCAAGGGUGAGGGAAGAAUGAAGCUUGGAUCAGCCUGAUUUUUGUAGCUGGUGCCUGGGCCAGCACUUCUAGAGUCUGACCCAGAUCAUUUUACUUUAGCCAUAUUUAAGCACAGCCCAAUUUUGAGGGGGGGAGUUUUUUUUUUAAUAAUAAUUAACUCUGUCCCAAGUGCACAAUAAUUUCAAGACAUGUUUACAUUGAGAUUCUUUUUUUAUUUUUUGAGAUGGGGUUUCUCUGUGUAAUAGACUUGGCUAUCCUUGAACUCACAGAGAUCCACCUGCCUCCGCCUCCUGAGUGUUGAGAUUAACGGUGUGUGCCACUACCAACUGGCACAUUGAAAUUCUUUACAAAGUAAUCGGUUUCUUUCACAUAGAUGGGUACUGUUGACUCAGAGAUAGUGCCCAAGAUUUAGGGUCUAGGGAGAUUGAAGUAAACAUAAUGCCUGCGGGUGUUGGGAUUGACCUGGCCCUAUGAUUCAUAGAAGUCACUUAGGCUGUUGUACAAAUGACAUCUCUCACAGGGAUGAGUUUUAUGGCCUAGAAGUGAUGCUCAAAGUUUUAAGGGGAAAGGAUCUGGGAUAAGUAAAACAUAAAUUCUGAGAGAUAUGGGCAGGGCCUGGCUCAACAGGAAGCAAUGCUUAUCAGAUUGUAAACUACAUUUUCCCCCCAGCGUUCCAGAAAAACAGCUAAGUACCUCAUCCCAUUGAAGAGGUAAGCUAUGUGUUUAACUUUCCUGGCUUCUCCAGUGCUUAACUGUGUGCACAAGGCCAUUAUGUCCUCUACUGUCUAGUGCACCAGAUUGCCAUUUAGACCCUCAGUGUCCUCCCGUCCUCUCCCACUGUGUCUGGAUGCCAGAGGCUGCACUGAUUCAGGUGUGUGCCUCCACCCCCGCGUCUAGCUGUAAUUGUUCGAUUAGCUAGAAUUGGAGCUUCCAGGACCCCUGGUGUUGCUGUACUCACUGUGUUGCCCUAGACUAUAGUGCAUAGUAGUCACUCACUAGGUAGAUGAGGAAUGACCAGAUCUUCUGUGUCCAUACGGGAGCCUCUUGUCUCUUUCCCAGUCAGUCAGUUGUCCUAACGAGGCUCAGUGUCAUCUGCCCUCUGCCUCUCUGAUCUGUCAUACUCUACUAUUCAGCCAUAUUCUGAAGCCCAGCAAGUUCCUGCCCUGGAGAUUCCCCACCUGCCGGUCACAGAUGCCAGGAUCAUGUACACCCCAUUCUCUUGCUUCCUCUAUGCCUGUGAGAGGCACAGAGGCACACCUAAAUGGACGUGGUGUUUUGUGACACUGGUUUGCUCUCCUUGUGGUGAUGGUAGUUAUUUUAACUUGUAUCUUACCUCCCCAAAUAGGCUCCUGAUUUUCUCGAGCUUUGAAUUCUCGAGCUGUGUAUUUGUUGCUAUAACAAAAUAUCUGGUACUAGCAGCUUAAGGAAGGGUUUAUUUUGGCUUGUAGUCUGAGGAUGCUGUCCAUCAUGGAGGGGAGGCUUGGUGACAGGAGCAGGAAGCAGUUGGUCACAUUACAGUAGCAGGGAGAUGUAUGCUACUGCUUGGCUGCUCUCUGUCUUUUGUUCAAUCUGGGAUCCCAGCCUAUAGGAUGAUGUCAUCCACAUUUAGGGUGAGUCUUCCCUGCUCAUUUAAGCUUUUCUGGAAGUGCACCAAUCCCAGGGGGACAUCCCUGGGAUUCUCAGUUCCGUGAAGUUGAAGGUCAAGAUUAAUUAUUACAAGGUGUUUAAUAAGUAUGGGUUUGGUCUUAGCUGGUUGGGUUUUUUUUCCCUUUAUGCUUGUUCAUGUAUAUGUAUUGUUUUUUAUUUUUAAUUUGCAUAUUCAUAGUUGACCAUAACAAAAUGCAUACACUCUUACCACAGCCACCUUCUAUAUUAGCAGACCCAUGUGCUUUGGGUUUCUCAUAACUAAUGGCUUCCAUAGUUAGUCAGUAAGAGGAAGCAUUUCCAUAUUGCAGAGAGGUGGGCUGAACAGCUCUGGACUAGAUGCUGCCAAAACAGCUCAGUGGGUAGGUGUGUGUUUUAAGCUGUAACUUUGAUGCGCCACGCUGAAAGCCAAGAGUUUUUGCAUUUGGGGCCGCUUUUGUCCCAGUGGUGUCUUCGAGAGUCUUUUACCUACAUCCUCUGCUGCAGGUCUCAUGGUCUAGUAUGGACCCUGUUGCUGUUCACAGCUGCCACCUCCUCCAGCAGCUGCGAGAGCAGCGGAUCCAAGGCCUGCUUUGUGACUGCAUGCUGGUGGUGAGGGGCGUCUGCUUCAAAGCCCACAAGAACGUGCUGGCGGCCUUCAGCCAGUAUUUCAGGAGCCUCUUUCAGAAUUCUUCCAGCCAGAAGAAUGAUGUUUUCCACCUGGAUGUUAAAAAUGUCAGUGGCAUAGGGCAGAUCCUGGACUUCAUGUACACAUCGCACCUUGACCUCAACCAGGACAACAUUCAAGUGAUGCUGGACACCGCGGAGUGUUUGCAGGUACAGAAUGUUCUGAAUCUGUGCCACACAUUUCUGAAGUCAGCCUCGGCAGCACAACUGCCCGGCUUGCCCUGUGCUGGCGCCUUCUCCCUGCAGAGUGUGACUCUGGAUGGCACCUGUGCAGGAAGUGAGCAUUACCCGCCCCACUCACUGCAGGAGUGCCCUACCGAAGGCCCGCAGGCUAAAGUUCUGGCUGAACUGAGUCCUCAUGCUCCAUCAGCAGGUUUCAGUCGUCCCACAGGAGAAGUAGCAAAACCAGCCCUGGAUGCUGCAAGUGGAAGCUGCCCAGAGCUGCCCUCCAAACAGCCCAAUUAUUAUUACAAACUCAGAACGUUAUACAGCAAGCAGUACUACAAGCAGACCGCCUGCCCCAGCCAGGAACCUGCCCCAGAGCAGCCCCUCGCUCUCAGUGCCUCCCCCGACAUUGCUGCAGCAGAUUCGCAGCCUACUGUGGAGGGCCGCCCAGAUGCUUUGGAGUCUUCAGAGCAGUUCCUGGCUCCAGCCCUCAGGACCUCUGGCACUGACUCCGAGGCAGAUGCCCUUUGUCAGCUGCCUGCCAAGCAGAUGAGACUGAAGAAAGCCAUGCACCUGAAGAAACUAAACUUUCUCAAGUCACAACAGUCAGCUGAGCACACCUCACAUCCGGAGUCAGGUGAUGGGUUGAUCAGGAGGGAGGAAUCUGCUGCUAAGGAAGAUGAGGGCCCGAGAGCCAGAAGCCCAACUCCUGAAGAAAAAGGGAGGGAAGAAUUGGGUCCAGAGAGCGGCCAUGAGGUGGAGAUUCCGGGAGCCCCCGCCACAUGGGAGGACCCAUCCCAAACCCUCCAGUCCCAGAGACAGUAUGCGUGUGAAUUGUGUGGGAAGCCUUUUAAACACCCAAGCAAUCUGGAGCUGCACAAACGGUCUCACACAGGUGAGAAACCUUUUGAAUGUAACAUUUGUGGGAAGCACUUCUCUCAGGCAGGCAACCUUCAGACUCAUUUACGCCGGCACUCUGGGGAGAAGCCAUACAUCUGUGAAAUCUGUGGAAAGAGGUUUGCCGCCUCUGGUGAUGUCCAGCGCCACAUCAUCAUUCACUCCGGAGAGAAGCCACACUUGUGUGACACGUGCGGCCGAGGGUUCAGCAAUUUCAGCAAUCUGAAGGAGCACAAAAAGACGCACACGGCUGACAAAGUGUUCACCUGUGAUGAAUGUGGGAAGUCCUUCAACAUGCAGAGGAAGCUGGUGAAGCACCGUGUGCGGCACACGGGCGAGCGGCCCUACAGCUGCCCUGCCUGUGGGAAGUGCUUUGGGGGCUCAGGAGACCUGCGCAGGCACGUCCGCACUCACACUGGGGAAAAACCUUAUAGCUGUGAGAUCUGCAGCAAGUGCUUCACACGCUCUGCGGUGCUGCGGCGGCACAAGAAGAUGCAUGGCAGAGCUGACGCCAGGAGUCCAGCUGUGCUGGAUGAGCUGAGCCAGGCCAUUGAGACUGACAUGGAUAGGUCUCAGAGCUCCGACUCCUUCUCCCAGGACGUGUCCGUCACACUAAUGCCUGUGUCUGUCAAGCUCCCUGUACACCCAGUGGAAAGUUCUGUGGCAGCAUUUGAUGGUCACUGUACCGGCUCCUACUGUAAGUUACGCUCCAUGAUCCACCCUCCUAGCAUGGGUGAGCAGGACAAACUUGGCCUGGACCCUGCCAAGCUGGCCAAGCCCCAGGAGCUACAGAGCCAGUCACACGCCUAUGCCUACUCAGAUGUGGACCCCUCAGCAGGUGCUGAGCAGUCACAGGCUGAUGGUAUGACUGUGACCCGCUCUUCCUUGGCCACUCUGGACAACCACUGCACCGAGCCGCUGGGCAGCCGGGCACCUUCGGUGACUUACAGGAACUCUGAGGGACAAUUUUUCUCUAGUAUGACUCUCUGGGGGCUGGCAAUGAAGACACUGCAGAAUGAACACGAGCUGGAACAGUGAUGUACCAUCUCAGAACCCUGACGAGAAGCACCCCGCCUAGGACGGCUCCUCCAGCUCUGGAAAAGGGUUAAAUGAUUUCCCUCCCAGUGCUUGCUGGGAGCUCCAUCUGUGGCCCAGGAGCUCUUGCUGCCUGCUGGUCCCAGAGGGAAAGAUGGUGUGGGGCAUCUCCACAGCAGCCUAGGCCCUAGGCUGAGAGCAGCUGAUGGACAUCAGUGUGGCAAUGGACCUCGCAUCAGCUACUGUACAUUUGGGUCCUGUUAAAUGGCAUAUGUAUACAUAAAAAUACAGAUUUUAUUUUUACAUUUUUAUAAGAGAAAUUUUUAGUAUCUUAUUUUUUAAAAUAUUUAUACAGAUUCUAUUUGUAUAUAGAACUUGUAAUAUAAUUUGAAUAAAUGAGCUUGCUUUCCCGUA